UCGUCCUGGCCGGUGCUGGGGCGGCGGGAGAGGGGUAGAGGGCAGCGAGGUGGAGGACUGGGAGGACCCCCUGAAGGGCCAGCGAGACGCGGAGACCAGAGACCCUCCUCGGGAGAUCUGAGAUUCGGGGCGCCAGCGUAUUUCCCUGCCCUCGCCGGGAGCGCGAGCAGGGGCUUGCCCCAUGGCGGGAACUCCGGGCCGCGAUCCUUGGGGGACCCCCGGGAUUUGUUACCUUUUUGGCUCCCUGCUCGCCGGACUGCUCUUCCCCAGGGCUGCCGCCUUCAAUCUGGACGUGAUGGGCGCCCUGCGCAAGGAGGGCGAGCCGGGGAGCCUCUUUGGCUUCUCGGUGGCCCUGCACCGGCAGUUGCAGCCCCGGCCCCAGAGCUGGCUGCUGGUGGGCGCACCCCAGGCUUUGGCCCUGCCAGGGCAGCAGGCAAAUCGCACUGGAGGUCUCUUCGCUUGCCCCCUGAGCCUGGAAGAGGCUGACUGCUACAGAGUGGACAUCGACCGCGGAGCUGAUGUGCAGAAGGAGAGCAAGGAGAACCAGUGGCUGGGAGUCAGCGUUCGGAGUCAGGGGCCUGGGGGCAAGAUUGUUACCUGUGCGCACCGAUACGAGUCGCGGCAGCGCGUAGACCAGAUCCUGGAGACGAGGGACGUGAUUGGCCGCUGCUUUGUGCUAAGCCAGGACCUGGCCAUCCGAGACGAGCUGGAUGGUGGGGAGUGGAAGUUCUGUGAGGGACGUCCCCAGGGCCACGAACAGUUCGGCUUCUGCCAGCAGGGCACGGCGGCUGCCUUCUCCCCCGACAGCCACUAUCUCCUCUUUGGGGCCCCAGGAACCUAUAACUGGAAGGGCACGGCCAGGGUGGAGCUCUGUGUGCAGGGCUCGGCGGACCUGGCGCACCUGGACGACGGGCCCUACGAGGCGGGGGGGGAGAAGGAGCAGGACCCCCGCCUCAUCCCGGUCCCUGCCAACAGCUACCUUGGUAGGGAGCCCGCCCCGGCCCGGAGCCGCUCUAACCCUCUGCUCCUCUCUCUCACCCCCCGCGCCCAUCCUUCUGUCUCUGUCUCCGCACUCUGUGGCCUGUGCUCUGGAUGUCCCCGCCCUCGUGUUUGCCUGCCUGCCCCCGCAGGGUUGCUCUUUGUGACCAACGUUGAUAGCUCAGACCCUGACCAGCUGGUGUAUAAAACUCUGGACCCUGCUGACCGGCUCCUGGGACCGGCCGGCGACUUGGCCCUGAAUAGUUACUUAGGUUUCUCCAUCGACUCUGGGAAGGGCCUGCUGCGAGCUGAGGAGCUGAGCUUCGUGGCAGGGGCCCCCCGUGCCAACCACAAGGGUGCCGUGGUCAUUCUACGCAAAGACAGCGCCAGCCGCCUGGUGCCGGAAGUGACGCUGUCCGGGGAGCGCCUGACCUCCGGCUUUGGCUACUCGCUGGCUGUGGCUGAUCUCAACAAUGAUGGCUGGACAGACCUGGUCGUGGGUGCCCCCUACUUCUUCGAGCGCCAGGAAGAACUGGGGGGUGCUGUGUAUGUGUACAUGAACGAGGGGGGUCACUGGGCCGGGGUCGCCCCUCUCCGGCUCUGCGGCUCCCCUGACUCCAUGUUCGGGAUCAGCCUGGCAGUCCUGGGGGACCUCAAUCAAGACGGCUUCCCAGACCUUGCUGUGGGGGCUCCCUUCGAUGGGGACGGGAAGGUCUUUGUCUACCAUGGGAGCAGUCUGGGGGUUGUCCCCAAGCCUUCCCAGGUGCUGGAGGGCGAGGCCGUGGGCAUGAAGAGCUUCGGCUACUCCCUGUCGGGCGGCCUGGACGUGGACGGGAACCGCUGCCCAGACCUGCUUGUGGGCUCCCUGGACGACGCUGCUGUGCUGUUCAGGGCCAGGCCCGUCCUCCAUGUCUCCCACGAGGUCUCCAUUCUUCCCCGAGCCAUCGACCUAGAGCAGCCCAACUGUGCGAGUGGCCGCUUGGUCUGCAUGGACCUGAGGGUCUGUUUCAGCUAUAUCGCGUCGCCCAGCAGCUAUAGCCCUACUGUGGCCCUGGAUUACGUGUUAGAUGGGGACACAGACCGGAGGCUCCGGGGCCAGGUGCCCCGUGUGACCUUCCUGAGCCGUGGCCCCGAUGACCCCAAGCACCAGUCCUCAGGCACCGUGUGGCUGAAACACCAGCAUGACAGAGUCUGUGGAGACACCACGCUGCAGCUCCAGGAGAAUGUCAAAGACAAGCUUCGGGCCAUCGUUGUGACCCUGUCCUAUGGUCUCCAGACCCCUCGGCUCCGACGACAGGCUCCUGGUCAGGGGCUGCCCCCGGUGGCCCCCAUCCUCAAUGCCCACCAGCCCAGCACCCAGCGGACAGAGAUCCACUUCCUGAAGCAAGGCUGUGGUGAAGACAAGAUCUGCCAGAGCAAUCUGCAGCUGGUCCAUGCCCGGUUCUGCGCCCGCGUCAGUGACACGGAGUUUCAGCCUCUGCCCAUGGAUGCGGACGGGAUGACAGCCUUGUUUGCUCUGAGUGGGCAGCCAGUCAUCGGCCUGGAGCUGAAGGUCACCAAUCUACCCUCGGACCCAGCCCAGCCCCAGGCUGAUGGGGAUGAUGCUCAUGAAGCCCAGCUCCUGGUCACCCUCCCUGCCGCUCUGCACUACUCGGGAGUCCGGGGCCUGGACCCUGUGGAGAAGCCGCUGUGCCUGUCUGAUGAGAAUGCCUCCCACGUGGAGUGUGAGCUGGGGAACCCCAUGAAGAGAGGCGCCCAGGUCGCCUUCUACCUCAUCCUCAGCACCUCGGGGAUCACCAUUGAAACCACGGAGCUGGAGGUGGAGCUGCUGUUGGCCACCAUCAGCGAGCAGGAGCUGCAUCCAGUCUUGGCCCGUGCCCGUGUCUUCAUCGAGCUGCCGCUGUCCAUCACGGGGGCGGCCGUUCCCCAGCAGCUCUUCUUCUCCGGCCUGGUGCGGGGCGAGAGCGCGAUGCGGUCCGAGCGGGAUGUGGGCAGCAAGGUCAAGUACGAGGUCACGGUUUCCAACCAAGGCCAGUCGCUCAACACCCUGGGCUCGGCCUUCCUCAACGUCAUGUGGCCCCACGAGAUUGCCAACGGGAAGUGGCUGCUGUACCCCAUGCGGGUGGAGCUGGAGGGUGGGCAGGGGCCCGGGCAGAGGGGGCUCUGCUCCCCCAGGCCCAACGUCCUCCAACUGGAUGUGGACAGCCGGGACAGGAGGAGGCGGGAGCUGGGGCCGCCGGAGUCGCAGCAGCCUCGAGAGCAGCCAGAGCCCAGCACGUCUUGGUGGCCGGUGUCCUCUGCCGAGAAGAAGAAGAACUUCACUCUGGACUGCGCCCGGGGCACGGCCAACUGCGUGGUGUUCAGCUGCCCUCUCUACAGCUUUGACCGUGCGGCUGUGCUGCAUGUCUGGGGCCGCCUCUGGAACAGCACCUUCCUGGAGGAGUACUCCGCUGUGAAGUCUCUGGAAGUGAUUGUCCGAGCCAACAUCACCGUGAAGUCCUCCAUCAAGAACUUGCUGCUCAGAGACGCUUCCACGGUGAUCCCGGUGAUGGUGUACCUGGACCCCGCGGCCGUGCUGGCCGAAGCUGUCCCCUGGUGGGUCAUCCUCUUGGCUGUACUGGCCGGGCUGCUGGUGUUGGCGCUGCUGGUGCUGCUCAUGUGGAAGUGUGGCUUCUUCCGUCGGAGCAGUCAGAGCUCAUCUUUUCCCACCAACUAUCACCGGGCCCGGCUGGCCGUGCAGCCCUCAGCUGUGGAAGCUGGGGGUCCAGGGACUGUGGGAUGGGAUUCUUCAAGCGAGCGCGGUACCCCGAAGCCACCGUACCCCAGUACCAUGCGGUGAAGAUCCCGCGGGAAGACCGGCAGCAGUUCAAGGAGGAGAAGACGGGCACCAUCCUGAGGAACAACUGGGGCAGCCCCCGGCGGGAGGGCCCGGAUGCCCACCCCAUCCUGGCUGGGGAUGGGCACCCGGAGCUGGGCUCUGAGGGGCACCCGGUGCCAGGCACAGCCUAGCCUUCUCCACCCUGGCCCGGCCUAUGGGCCCCUUGCACCCCUUCCCCAGUGCUCCUGGGGAUGACGAGGGUAGACUGGGUUGCUGGUGUCCCAUCCAGAUUUGGUAGGAUCUCUUUCCUCUGGAGCACACAUCUCUGCCCGCCAUGAGGAUCAGCCCCCCAGCCAAACUUCCCCUUAUGAUGCUGUGAGAUGAGAGGGGUAAAUCAGGGGUGGGUGGUGGGGGAGGGCGAGAAGGGCAGCGGUGUCCCGAUUCAAAAGUGGGGAGAAGGGACCCUAGGGCCUCCCUCUCCCGCUCAGUCUGUAUAAUGGGACCCCAAGGACCUGUGUCCCGAAAGUGCCUUAAGCCCAGAGGGUGGGGAGGAGGUCGCGUCGCUGACUCAGGGGCUCUCCCCUCCCUAGCUUCCCCUCUUCUCUGACCUUAGUUUGCUGCAUCAAUGUAGUGGAUUUUGUCUAUUUAUUGAAAAAUAUUUGAGGACAAAACCUCGUCUUUUUUGCUGAA